GUCAUCUCUAGAGCAGGGCGGCUGAUGCGCGCGCGAAUCCUGGUUGACCUCGAGUGAUCCGUGCGCGCGCCUUGAUGGGAUUGAGGUGAUGACGCGUCAAAUCCACCAAUAGUGUCGCUGUCCGAGAAAAGAUGGUGUGAGAUGUUCAAACCUCAUCUCUUACAUCACACUCACUCCAUCUGCACAUCUAAACAGAAAAUGAUUAGGAAAAUAUAGCUGGUUUUAAAAUCGCGUAUUUGAAUGAGUUCACUGUUUUUUUUUUAUUACAGAAUUAAGCUUUUGAAGUAGCCUACAAACCAAUUAUAUAUAUAAUUUACUUUUCAAAUGAAAUUAUGGACCGACUCUACUCGCCGAAUCGACAAAUAGUCUCCUGUUAGGAUAAACUACCUGGAGGACAAGCGAGACACCUUUGGGAAGUGGAAUCGAGGGCCUUGGUAUUUUUGUGAAAGUACAAGCAGUGGACAAAAAUGAACCCCGUGAAUAUGAACAGUUUGAACGUGUCCUUCUCUGGAAACCAGCACGCGAAUCAGUACGCCGUUUAUGAGUCUCCGCUGUACAAGGACUACAGACCUCCAGCCAGAGAUCUCAUCCAGCUGCCCAAAGCCUUGCUCUACCUGCUGAUGGCCGCCGUGGUGGUGGUCGCCGUCGCUUAUGCCAUUGUGGGACAUUUAAUUAAAGACCUCGCGCAUGACAUCUUGGACUGGGCUUUGGGUCCAGACGAGGAGAUCUUAAAGGCCAACAGUGAGGCAGGUGAUGAUGGUUCCACGCACAUGCCACCAGUCCUCACACACUCCCACCCCAAUGCCUUUCAUGUUUGGGAUCAGGACGAUGUGGUCAUCCCCCUCUCUCCGGCGGACAGCCCUCAAACCAGUCCCCUUUUGGCUGCCAUCCCUUUUAUUCCUCACUUCUUCCCCUCUCCUGCUUCUCACAGUGUGCUGAAUAGCCCCGCACUGCCUCAAAUACAUCCGGAGGAUAACAAGAGCCCAACCAAGACACCACAAGAUGCCUACGUCUUCCCUUCACCCAAAAUUAAAGGACAUAGUUCCACUUUCUCACACAUGUCAUUCCAUGAGAGGAGAGAUGGGACAGAUAAAGUCUGAACCACCGAACAAUGGCUCACACUAGAGUGUGGACUUUUCUUAAAGGAAUAGUUCACCAUAAAAUGAACAUUUGCUGAAAAAGAGAUUUACUCUCAGGACAUACAAGAUGUAAAUAAGUUUGUUUCUUCAUCAGAAUAGUUUUGGAGAAAUGUUGAAUUAUAUCACUUGCUCACCAGUGGAUCCUCUGCAGUGAAUGGGUGCCGUCAGAAUGAGAGUCCAAUCAGCUGAUAAAAACAUCACAAAAAUCUACACCAAACGAAGUGGAAUAUGGCAAGUUUGCAAUUAGCAAAUCCAUUAUUAAGAUGCUUUUAAUAAUUAAUUAAUUCAUUUUCUUUAAUAAUUAAAUUUCUCUAAAUUAAAUUUUGUCUUGUCUGAAUGAGGAGUGAAAUAUGAACAUGUCAAGAACUGUUUACAAGCGAAAACACUAAAAACUC